ACUCAUUGCCAGCGCUGAGCUGUCAGUGCGCCUGCGCGCGGACCCGGCGCCGCGGUUCUUGACCGUGUGCGCCCGGCGCUGGUUGUAGCCAUGCAGCGAGCUGACUGCGAGCAGCCCUCCAAGCGACCCCGAUGUGGUGGCAGCCCAAGAACCCCGCCAAACACGGCUACCGCAGUGGCAGGGAGAUCUCCGGGCCCCGAACUCCACCCCAACCACCAUACCUGGGGCCCGGAGCAGGUGUGCUGCUUCCUAAGUCGCAGUGGCUUCAGCGAUCCCGGACUGCUGGAACGCUUCCGAGAAAAUAAAGUCACAGGCUCAUUACUGCCCUAUCUUGAUGAGUCUCAUCUUGAAAAUCUUGGAAUAAGAACCUUGGGGGAGAGAAAGAAGCUGCUUAAUUAUAUCCAACGACUGGGUGAGAUGUCCAUUGAUACAAUGAAGGUAAUUAAUGAUCCUAUCCAUGGCCACAUUGAACUCCACCCUCUUCUCAUCCGAAUCAUUGACACUCCUCAAUUUCAGCGGCUUCGAUAUAUUAAACAGUUGGGAAGUGGUUACUAUGUUUUUCCAGGAGCUUCGCACAACCGAUUUGAACAUAGUCUAGGUGUAGGGUAUCUGGCAGGAUGUUUAGUUCGUGCACUGCAUGAAAAACAACCAGAGCUGCAGAUCAGUGAACGAGAUAUGCUCUGUGUUCAGAUUGCUGGGCUAUGUCAUGAUCUCGGUCAUGGGCCAUUUUCUCAUAUGUUUGAUGGAAGGUUUAUUCCACUUGCUCGUCCAGAUAUGAAAUGGACGCAUGAACAGGGCUCAGUUAUGAUGUUUGAACACCUAGUUAAUACGAAUGGACUCAGAGAUGUCAUGCAAUACUAUGGUCUCAUCCCUGAAGAAGAUAUUUGCUUUAUCAAGGAACAAAUUACAGGACCACUUGAAUCUCCAAUUAAAGAUUUUUCGUGGCCAUACAAAGGGCGUCCUAAAGAGAAAAGCUUCCUAUAUGAGAUAGUGGCCAAUAAAAGAAAUGGCAUUGAUGUAGACAAAUGGGAUUAUUUUGCCAGGGACUGCCAUCAUCUUGGAAUCCAAAAUAAUUUUGAUUACAAGCGUUUUAUUAAAUUUGCCCGUGUCUGUGAAGUUGAUAACAGGAAGCGUAUUUGUACUAGAGAGAAGGAGGUUGGCAAUCUGUAUGACAUGUUCCACACACGCAACUGUUUGCACCGUAGAGCUUAUCAACACAAAGUUGGCAACAUCAUUGACACAAUGAUUACAGAUGCUUUCCUCAAAGCAGACCCCUACAUAGAGAUUGUAGGUGCUGAAGGAAAAAAGUAUCACAUUUCUACAGCAAUUGAUGACAUGGAAGCCUUCACUAAGCUAACAGAUAACAUUUUUCUGGACAUUUUAUACUCUACUGAUCCCAAAUUGGAUGCAGCACGAGAGGUUUUAAAAAAAAUUGAAUACCGUAAUCUAUACAAGUAUGUGGGUGAGACUCAGCCAAUGGGACAAAUAAAAAUUAAAAGGGAAAACUAUGAAUCCCUUCCAAAAGAGGUUGCUGAUGCUAAACCUACUGAAGUAUUGCUAGAAGCUGAACUGAAGGCUGAAGACUUCAUAGUGGAUGUUAUCGACAUGGAUUAUGGAAUGGAGGACAAGAAUCCUAUUGAUCAUGUUCGUUUCUAUUGUAAGAGUGACCCCAGCCAAGCAAUCAUGAUUACUAAAAAUCAGGUUUCACAGCUUUUGCCAGAGAGGUUUGCAGAGCAGCUAAUCCGGGUAUACUGUAAGAAGACUGACGAGAAGAGUCUGUUUGCUGCACGCCAACAUUUUGUUCAUUGGUGCUUAAUCAAAAAUUUCACCAAGCCUCAGACUGAGACCCGUGGGAGUAAGGAAGUACGUCUCUCUUAGCUACUGUGGCACCUACAGGAACUAAACCACUGAUUGGUUUCGCAUCAGCUGGGUUGGAACUUGGAGAUACUGGAAGCAGAGAGACAAGAUGCUAUUAAAAUUCAGCCAUGUGGUGAUAACUACUUUAAAUCUAGAUACAGUCACUCACUGUUUGAGUAUUUUUGCCAGGCCCUGUGUUAGGUACCAGGGAUAGAAAAGUACCUAAGACAUAGAUCCCAUGCAUCUCACUCUGGUUGGGGAUAACAGACCCAGAAGAAGUAAAUAACAAUUACAGUGGCGUGGUUCCGUGCUUGGGAUGGGGGCAGCAUGUAGAGUCUUAGAGGGGCCAACGGGAGAAAGCUUUAAAGGCAGACUUGGUUGGUUGGGAAAAGCUUACUUAAAGAAAGACAUAGAGGCUAAGACCUGAAGGAUAGAUGAGAAGAGUCAGGUGGAUCAAGAAGGUGAGGAGGAGGCCAGAGGAGGAGAGGGAACACAGGGCUUUUGGGGAGGGCUCACAGUUCUGAGGGCCAUUAAAAUGUUUUCAACAGAAGAGUGACAUAUUUAAAUCUGCAUUUAUAAAAUCAGAGUUGAAAUUUGGAUGGGUAGACAUAAUAAGGAAGUUUGGUAGAGAAAGAGAUGAGUUUGCAGACAAGUAUUAUUGACUUUGAGAUAGACUGGUCUUCCAAACAUGAGUACCAUGGCAAUUGAAUGUGUCUAUCAAGUCAGAUUCCUAGUAGCUCAACAGAAGAAAUUGAAUGUGGGGGAUGAGAUACACACAUGUUGGCAGAGCUAAAUGAGCAAACAGGACAGUGAGACAACAGCAGGAUGCUGCGCCCACCUGUAGGGUAAGAGGUGGGAGGCCAGGUGCUGGGACCACCUGCAGAAGGUGGAACCACAGCUGCCCUUGCCAGGGAAGCUGGGAGGAGAAAUACUCUGGCUUCUCUGCCCUCCUUCCUUCCAGAUUUCCACCCGGGCCUCCCAUUGGCCAAACUUAACUAGAAGCCAAUAGGCAUGGAGCUGGGAAAUGUACUUUACAAUGGCAGCUCCUGUUACACAGAGUAGAAUGGAGGCAGGGUGGAGAGUGGGUCUGUGAGCAGAUAGGCAAAUGAGGGGCACAGGGCACCACCACACACGUUACAUUCCUGGUGCAGCCCAGGCCCUCAGAGACCUAUACCCUCGUAUGACCUACGAGAGUCUAUCCGCAAGUUCAGGAAUGGUUUAGCAUAGUUGGGUGUUAGAAAGCAUAGCUUCUUACACUCUGCUUUCAAGUUGUAGUGUUGCUUCACUUUGAGGGCACUCCUCGUUUUGGGUGGAGUCUCUGCUGGUGGACCAGAGUGAAAGCUUUGGUUGCAGAGACAAGCUCAAGUUCUGCGGGUAUGUACUGUCCUUCCUCUUGUUUGCCAUCUUGUAGACCAGGACCAUGUGUUACAGAGGGGCUAGGAAAGAGAGGAGAGGGGUCCAGUGAAGUCCCUCUUUCUCCUGGAAAAGCAGGCCAGAGUUUGUGUUGCACAAAAGGUGUUGGGGGAGAGGUUUGUAGAGCCAGGCCAUGUGCUGCUUCUGGAGCACCUUUGCAAAGAAUAGUCUGGCUUUUGCUAGGAAGGCUCUCACCUGCUUAGGACUGUAAGCAUAUGCUUAGGUUCUGAAGAGCAUGUCUAGAAGCCAUCUACCUGCAAGACAAGGAUGUACCCCUAUACCUGAGACUUUGACUCAAAAUUUUGAAAACUGGCUUUUCUCCAUUCCUAGUUUUUCUCUCCU